GAAAGCCCACCUUAUCAGCGACAGCUUGUCAAACUUGAUAUAUUUCCACGCACACACUACCAGGAAUCCUGGCACCGGAGGGGGGAAGGAUCAAUUGAUAGUCUUUGAUCGACAUUUCACACUCGUUCACUCAAUCACUUGCGUUUAACUGCACUCGUUAGUCCCUCAAUCAUGGCGCGGAGAUUAGCAGACCUGCUCGCAAUCGAGCAGACGGGGCCGAACCAGUUCAUCUCCAAGGAGCCGCCGCAGCGCCUGGGCAACGCGAUGCCCAUCGGCUACGGCGGGUGCACGGCGGGGAUAGCAGCGCGCGCGGCGAGCGAGACGGUCCCGGGCUCGUUCGCGCUGUACUCGCUCGUGGGCCACUUCCUCGGCCCGGCGUCGACGACCGAGAGGCUGGCCUGCACCGUCCACGCGACGCGCGACACCAAGACCUUUGCGACGCGGCGGGUCGUGGUCAGCCAGCGGCAGCCCGGCGGCCAGCUGCGCCCGUGCAUGGAGCUGACGGCCGAAUUCCACGUGGUCGAGCCCGCGGUGCUGGCGUACUCGGCGCCGCCGUCGAUCCCGUUCGCCGGGCCCGCGGAGAGCCCCACGGCCAUGGAGCUGGCGGACAGGGCCGUGGCCCAGGGCCUGUGCGGCCGGGAGCUGGUCGAGAAGCACGUCAUCAUGUUCACGAUGAUGGAGCAGUACUUCGACACGAGGACCUGCGCGGAGGGCCUGAACGGGCAGAACGUCCUGGGCCUGGUGCGGACGCUGCCGACGGACCAGGACCACCUGCCGGUGACGGAGAGGAGCUCGGGGGACUGGUCCAAGACGAAGGAGCCGCUGGCGUCGGCGGGGGAGAAGAACGCCGCCCUCGCGUUCCUGAUGGACGGCGGCCUGUCCUUCCUCCCGCUGUGGCACGAGAAGAUGUGGUUCGACGACGCGGGGGCCUGCUCGACGCUGGAGUUUGCCCUGCGGCUCUUCACGCCCGACGUCGAUCUGAGCAGCUGGCACCUCCGCGAGAGGAAGACGAUCGCCGCGGGGUUCGGCCGGUCGUACUCGGAGAGCCGGCUGUGGGACGAGAAGCGGAACUUGGUGGCCUGCAUGACGCAGCAGUGCAUACUGCGGGCGAAGCCACAGGACAAAGGGAGGGCGUCGCUGUGAAAAGAAGAAGGAUCUGCGCGACUGUGACUGUGCAUAUUUAUAUACCUACACUACACUCUAGACUAGAUGGGACAUUUUUCCUUGUUUGUUUUGAUUUGGGCCAGGAUGGAUCAGGGCUGCCCACUGUGCUGUCCUCAUCACGGUAUGCCCGUUGCAUGUUCACACGUGGGCCUUCGGGCAAGUCAUGACUCGCGCCCCUGAGAGAGAUCGACACAGGUCGAUCUGUGUUUCAAACCCACCUGGACAGCCGCAGUCAAUGCCGGAGACAGGCCAAGCGAGAUGAAGUAUGGGGUGAAGAGAGAAAGGGAUAGGGAUGGAGGCUGGCUGUGACGACGACGUCGCGCCCGGAAUAAGGUUGGAUAUCAUAUUUCGGCUAAGGAGCGUACAUUAGAGAAGAGACCGCCAAAUGUGGAAUACACGAGAAAUAUUCAACAUGAUCAACAAUUCUUAA